AUGGCACUGCCCAAGCGCAGCGGCAGACGCAAGAUCAAGAUUGAGUACAUUGAAGAUAAGAACCGAAGACACAUUACUUUUUCAAAGCGCAAGGCUGGUAUUAUGAAAAAGGCCUAUGAACUCUCUACCCUAACAGGCACACAAGUGCUUCUGCUGGUUGUUUCUGAGACUGGCCUUGUCUAUACUUUUACUACUGCGAAACUGCAGCCGAUUGUUACAAAGCCAGAAGGGAAAAAUCUUAUUCAAGCUUGUCUGAAUACACCUGAUGCUGUUCCACAAGAAUCCACUUCUGUAAAUUAUAGAAUAAUGAAUGAACAAAGACACUGA